AACAUACCGUGAAAAAAAAAUGUUUUUGUUUCUGUCUGGGGGUUUGCCCCAACCUACAAUUAGGAGCGGAAAGAUUAUUGACCAUUUUAUGUUGUACAUUUCUCGAAACUGUACACACACAGUAAGUAACGAACAAAACGUCUUUUUUUUUUUUUAAAACAAAAAAAAAACCAAGUCCGGAAAUUUUGUUCUACCCGGAUCUCGUUUGUUUAACUAUUUUUUAACUACUGGUUUACAUAAUUGUUUAGAAGAAAAAAAAAUAUUCACGCACCACCCCAUCUCCCUUGGUGAGUGUAUAGUUGCAUGAGAAAAACCCUCAGAAAACAAACGAGAUAGAGAAUUGACGAUGCACUGGCCAAAGUGUAGUAGUAGUACAGCACAAACCCAAACAACACGUAACCCUCCUCCACCAAACUUGAUAUUAUGUGGCCGAAAUAACGAUAAUAAUAUCCGGGUCUGCUUUUUUUCUUCUACACGGUAACAGAUUAUUAUUAUAAUUAUUCGACUCCUAUAUCUAUCCGUACACACAAUUUUUUAUUUUAUAGGAUCCACAACGUAUAGGCUAACCGGCAAAUAGUAAUGCCGACCAUUUUUUUUUCUUUUUGUUUCUUAUUUAUUUUAUUUUGUUUAAGGACUCUGCUGGAUAUGAAAAGAUGGAUCGUAAGACCGCCGGGUUAUUACACACAAAUCACGCGUGUGCCGUUGUGUGAAUGUGAUGACGCACGCGAGGGGGGGAGGCUAUAUACUGUACGCUAGCCGCUUUUUUCUAGUCUUGAUUGGAGAAACAUCCGUCAUCGGAGCACGGCACCACAGCUGGGGCCCUAGCUCCAAAGACGAUGCAAUUAUUUUGAUUAGAACAAAACCCGGAUCAGCAGUUAACCCAAACUAAAAAGUUAUUUUCAAAUUUCCCGCGCGUGAAUUCCGGCUCAUGUGACCAGUGAUUUUGUCCCGCUCCUUCCAGCAACUUUGGAUUACAUCUCGAAAAAAUGAAUCGUCUGCUGAUUGCCUUAAUUAAUGUUUUCUUGACGUCGUCCUUGCUGAGGGUCUCGUGCACCUUGGCACCGUUCCAUCGACAUGCCAGCGUCCACCAUCCGGGUUUAGACGGCACCAAUAACCCCACGACGACGACGGAGACGAGCAGUUCGGCUGCUACUGUCACAUCCGCCCAUCGGGUCGGCGGCCCAUCCAUCACGACGACCGCAGCGACAGCGACAACAACGCGAGAUGCUGUCGCACGAUUCACGACGGUCAGCCCGCCAGAUUACUGCCGGGGACAGAGCGACAAUUACGCGGCCGUCGAGCCGGGCUCCAAGUGCCGCCGUUACUUUCGAUGCGGACCCAAUGGCGGAAAGUCCAUUUACCUGUGUCCGGGUAAACUGGUUUUCAAUGGCCAGCGGUGCGUCCAUCCCGGCGAGUAUCAGUGUCAUCCCAACAACAACAACUCGACAACCAUCAUUGAAUCGGCUGUGCCAUCUUCUUUGCCCGCACCGUCACCACUGGCCAGUCCAGUCGAAACUAAAAAUGAGGCGGCGAAUAAUGGACCGAAAAAUUGCGAUGGAAGGGCGGACGGUUAUUAUCAGGAUGGUGAAUCCGGAUGCCGGAGUUACUUUUACUGCGCCGGCGGAAUGAAGGCCGUUUACGUCUGCCCAGGCAAGUCGCUGUUUGACGGGCAGCGAUGCGUCGAACCGGACGUCUACACUUGCCCGUACAGUUCUCCCGACUGCCAACUGGGAGGAGGAGCUACCGUCAGCAAUGGCUACCAGGCCGACUUGAAUUCCGGCUGCCGGAAUUAUUACUUUUGCAGCGGGGACGGCCACAAACUCAUCACGUUGACUUGCUCAGACGGACGGUUGUUUGACGGCAAGAAAUGCGUCGAUCCGGAUCAGUACCGAUGCCCAUCGUCCGACUUGAUGACGACGACCGAACGGCCCAAAGUCACCGCUGGAUCCGUCUAUUUGGAUUCGUAUUACUCUUACCCUUCAGCUGGAUCCGCCCGGAAGCCUUCCGGCUCAGCUUCCCAUCCGCAAACUUAUUUCGUCAGCAGCCGGAACAGCGUAACAACAACAACAACCGGCCGUCCGGCGAAUUCUUCCGCCAAAGAUUACUGCGAAAAGAAUUACGGAUUCUUCGUUGUCCAGGGAACCGGAUGCCGGAAUUAUUACAUCUGCAUAGGCGGAUCGAGGUCUGAUCUUCAGUGUUCGGGCGACACGGUAUUCAACGGCCAGGUCUGCGUCGAUCCAGCCCAGUACACUUGUCCGGAAUCCAGCCACAAAUCGGAUUGCCAAGGCAAAUCGGACGGAGUCUACCCGGAUAGGCAAUCGGGAUGCCGGAAUUACUACCUCUGUUUGGGCCAAGUCCAAACCGAUUUGAGUUGCCCGGCUGGCCAGCUGUUUGACGGUCGCAGAUGCGCCGAUAGCCGCCGAGUGACUUGCAGCGAUCCGGUUGCAACCGAAGGUCGAACCCAUUCGGUCCAGAGUCCAUGCGCUGGAAGAACAAACGGCCUGUACCUCGACCACAAUUACCCUGGAUGCCGGGGCUAUCUUUACUGCCGAUCGGGCCGUCCCUACGGUCCAGCUGGACGCUGCACACGCAGCGAACGAUUCAGCGGCCAGCACAGCCGCUGUCUGCCCAAACACGAAGUCGAGUGCCGAUUACCAACGGACGACAACGAAGAUGACGAGGAGGACUACAUGAUGGCGGAAGCAUCCGCAAUGUUGGUCACGGUCAUAGCUGACGAUUUCGUCACGACCACCACCACCACAGCAGCACCGACCAGCAACUAAAGAAAAAUCUAAUUUUUGACAUAUUAUACUAUACAUACAUGUACACAUCAAAGAAUUGUUUUUGUUUUGCUUCCUGUUGUUUUGUUUUUCAUCCGCUUUAUUUAUUCACUCCGUUGACAGCUCGCCAAACGACCACAUUUCCCUCAUGUAGAAUCAUCCGCGUGAUUAUUCGCCCAGAUAUUUAACGUGUCCGUUCACGUGGAUCAUCCAUUCAAGAUUAAGGAUUAUUCUUUAUUUGAUUGUACCUUUGAUUGCUGUGUUUGUCAAAUUGUGCUGAUUGUUUUGAACCAGUUUUGUCGUGACACAUUUUCCUCGUCAAGAGGGAGGAGCCAUUCAUAACGUGCCAGAUGAGAACCUUUUUUAACGUUUGUUUUUGCAUUUAUUUGACGUCAUUGCAAUUUUAAAAAUGUUGUUGUUUUAUUUUGGUUUUCAUCAUAUUCCUCCUGGCCCUGAAGUUUGUAUGAGAAUAUAUUUACUGUGUAGACGUUA